AUGACGGCUCAUCAUGGACCCGAACCGACGAGACUCAUUCGGUUGAUUAGCGCGUUUUUUGAGAAAUGGGCGUAUUUUGUCGCGAAUCAUGCGGUCCUGCUUAUUGUUGUCUGCACCGUUUUGACACUAUUGGGCACUUUGAAAGUCGCCACUACACCAAACGAGAAUGAUAUUACUGGGUAUACGCCGUAUGGAGCGAGGGCCAGAGACGAAUUUGAAGUGAUGACUGAUUAUUUCGCACACAACGGCAACGGAAUCGCGGUGUUUUUGCUUCUAAUUCCAAAAAACUAUGAAAAUGUCUUAAAUCGACCAGUGCUGAAAGAAGCGUUGAGGCGAAGCUUUCUAGCCGAAUCGGACUCUUCGGAGAAUUCGACAUCGCUGUCUGAUCGGAUCACGUUGAACUAUCCGAUUUCGACAAUUUACUCGAGAAAAAUGAACAUUCAGCCCAACUUUUUUGGAGUCGAAAUGAAGAAUUCAACCGCAGAAUCGGGAAUCACCAACAUCAAGUCGUCAAAACUAAUCGCUUUCCAAAUAAGGUCGGAACGUAAAGACGGUUGGACGACGCAGAAAAUCAAGGAUUUUGAAAUGCAAAUUUCCGAUUAUUUUGACAAAGAAUUCGUCUCGCAGGAAGUUCGCGUUCUCACAUUAUCAACGUCGAAUAUCGAAGCGGAAGUGGUCCGCGCCGGAAUGUCGCUUCUACCAUUUUUAGUAGUUGGCUUCGCGAUUAUGGCGGUCGUCUCGUCAGUGACAACAUUCAUCUCGGCUCUUUACAUGCACCAAGUCUCCAUUCAUAAGUUCUCUCUGGCUCUUGCUGCUUGCAUUUGCCCAUUUAUGGCGUGCGGCACCGCUCUUGGCACCCUAUUCAUUUGCGGCGUUCGAUUCGGAUCCGUGCUUUGCGUUACGCCAUUCCUCGUCCUCGCCAUUGGCGUCGACGACGCUUAUUUGAUGAUCCAUUCGUGGCAACGAGUCACCGCCGAGCGUCGCAAGAAUCCGAUAGCCGAUGAUUCGUCGGCGAGUCGUUUGGCUGAAGUGCUCAUCGACACCGGACCGGCGAUUCUCAUCUCGGCGCUCACCAACAUUUUCGCCGACGUCGCCGGCUGCUUCACCUCAUCGCCGGAAUUGACGCUUCUCGCCUAUGGCAACAUGGCGUGCAUAUUUUGCGAUUUUUUGUAUCAGAUCACCUUCUACGCGGCAAUCAUGACAAUCACGGCGAGAUUCGAGAUGCGCGAUGAGGAUCAGAAGAAGCACAUCAAGAAAAUCGCGUGCGGUGUCGAUGAUGAGAGCGAAUCGAAUAUUUCCAAUGAAUCGUUUGAUAUUAUUGUGAAGAAGAGGGUUUCGAGAUUCCUUGAAGCGUAUAUCUCAAUUCUCACCAAUGCGAUAUUCCAAUUUGUCAUUAUCACCUUAUGGCUGAUCUACCUCGCAUUCUCCAUAUUUGGUAUUCUGAUAAUGAACAUCAAUUUGAGUCCGAAGAAGCUUUUCAUGGAAGAUUCGAGCUUGAUCGAGAUGGACGAUUAUCGUGUUGACUACGUCGUUCCGCACUUCUAUGUCGCGCAGGUGUUCGUCACGAGACCCGGCGAUUUGUCGGAUGGCGAUCGUUUGGGAAAACUUGACGAAUUUGUCGAUGAAAUGGAACGAAUCAAUGGUAGUUGGGGCGCGCAGAGCACCAAUUAUUUUGUGAGAGAUAUGCGCGAUUUUGAGGCGUCGCUUCGCGAACUCGAUGAAGAUGAAUCGGAAGCGAGUGGCGUCGCGAUUUCGACGUCGACACCCGGCGGUUUGAACGUCGCCAAUUUGCCAAUGUUCCUCGAAUGGCCCGAAUACGCGUUCUGGAAAGGAUUCGUCCAGUUCCAUAACGAAUCAAGCCGAAUCGUCCUUGACAAAUUCUUCAUCACGUUCGCCAUUCACGGCGACAAUCUGAGAACGUGGCCGGCGCGUGGUGGCGCACUUCGCGCAUGGAGGCACGUCGUCGACAAAUACAAGAGCGAAUUUGGUUUAUCGGUGUAUUCCGACGAUGGCAUAUAUGUCGAUUUGAUUGAGAAUAUGCCGACGGAUGCGUGGCAGUCCGCAGUGGCCACCCUCUCCUGCAUGGCGCUGAUAUGCUUCAUCUUCAUGUACGAUAUUCCGACGGUGAUUGUAGCCACCUCAAUUAUCGCCAGCAUUAUGACAGGAAUCCUCGGUGUGCUCUCGUUCACCGGCACCGAUCUCGAUCCGAUUGUCAUGUCGGCUCUGAUCAUCUCCAUCGGCUUCUCUGUGGAUAUUCCAGCGCACAUCACCUAUCAUUAUCACGCCUCAUCCUCGGCGGAUUCCGUCGACGAACGCCUCCAUUCAACAUUGUCGUCUGUCGGAUUUCCGGCUCUUCAAGCCUCAUUCUCAACGUCGCUUUGCGUUCUCUCGCUCAAACUCACCUCGGUCUACAUGUCGAAUGUUUUCGUCAAGACAAUGAUCGUCUGCAUGAUACUCUGCGUCUUUCACGCCCUGCUCCUUCUGCCGUGUCUGUUCUCGCUGGCGCACCGGAUACUGUCGCGAUGUCGUGUUCAGCCGGCCGCAUGA